GGAUUUUUGAAUUUGCCCAUUUCCGUACCUCCAUUUGUGACACGAAGCUGUCAAAGUCGACCCCAUUCCACUCCCCCCCGCCUACACACGCACACACUCACACACUCACACACCCGCCCACACUUUUUUUCUCUGUCGACCGAUGGAUGCGAUGGCGUUUCAACGAGCUUUUCAGAGGUGAAGGAAAAUGCAACAAAGAAAAGAGCAAAUAAACCAUCCAGAUAUGGAAAGCCAGAACCCUCAUCGCAACAAUUAGUCCGUUGAAAAAAGUUCCAUGUCCGAGCGUUUAAACGGUUUUUAGUCACCAUCAAAUCACACCACUCCUCGAUAGGUCCCCCGCGUCUCGCCUCGAUCGUCUCUCCGUCGCGUGGUCCGCCACGACGGUACGCCCAUCCUGCUUGCCAAAAAGCGCCGCUACGUCCAGCCGCACUGAUGUCCCCGUCGAACCGUUGCAGUUAGCUUGACGUUCCUGCCACCAUCUUGGCAGACACAUUUCUAGCUGGUGGGCGCAAGCCUAGACCCGCCUGGCUACCCAACAUCCCAGCCUAGGGUGAUAACCCGGCAGCUGCAGUUCCUUGAUUAACACUACUUUCUUCGCUCCCUUGGCGCAGCCUUUCUUUCAAAGUCUCAUCCAUCAUCUUUAAUUUAUUUGUUGGUUUUUUUUAUGUUUUUGUUUUCAUUCGUUCUCCUGCCUAGUAAAUCCAUCACGCCACUUUGGUCGGCCGAUCAGACUUUCCAGGUCGCUCAAAAACAGCUCUUUUCUCCAAGUUCUCGACCAUGAACUCCGCGUCCUUCAAAUUCUAUUCCCAACCGAAGUAUAAACAGCUCCAUACCAAUAGUAUGAAGCGUACUCUGUAUCAAUGAUCUGGUACCUUUUAUAUCCGCUCCGGGGCACCACCGAAGCUCCUGUACUCGCGCCGUCUCAUCCUUUUAGAAGGAACCUCACUCGUUAUGGUCGUUACGUUGCGCGACACGUCGAUACGGUACUCUUGCUCGCCGUUGCCGUUGCGGCCGUCUUGAUAUAUCCAUUCCCAUUUCUAUACACAACCGACUUCUCAAAUGGUGCAUCCAACCUCCCCCACCAUGUCUGGACCGACGCACAAGCCGUCAAGGCGCAAGCCGGAUUCGAGCCGGACGUUAUCAUGCGCACUAUCUGGGUGCAUGGCAGUUAUAUGAAGGCUUUGGACCGGGAGGUGAUACUGGGCGCACUAGAGCUGCAGAACGAACUCCUAGGCUCCACCAAGGACUUUAACCCCAGGCGACCCCUCGCCAUGGCCACUGUCACGGGGCUCCCCAACGGCGACCUGACCCCGGAGGAGCGCGAUACCUUUCACGUCAUCAACGGACGGAACAACAUGUCAUGGUUUUACCACUCACCCCUCCAGUACUGGUCGGGCGAUGCGCAGAAGAUUAUAGAUGACCCGGACAUAAUUGGAACCGUCAACGCCAAGAAGACGCUGUCGACAUCGGUAAACGUGACGCUGCGACAUUCGAUUGUAUUCAGCGGUAAGCGGUUUGAGGACCGUCGCCUCGUUGCCGCCGAUGCUUUGGUCAUCACACUGGUUCACCUACGAGACUCCCCGGUGGGUCGCCAAUGGGCAAGAAAAGCAGAGGCGCUGGCACUGCGCAUGAAACACAAGUGGACGGCCUAUCCUGCUGAUGGGCGCAGCAUGCCGAGCCAGCUGUACGAGUUCCAAUUCCGCCCGAUAUCCUUCUGGGAUCUGGUAUGGCUCAGUCUAGCCUACUUUCUCACCUUUAUAUAUUUCCUGCACAGCUUAUCGAAGCUGCGCGCAGUCAAGUCAAAAACUGGCUUGAUACUCACUGUUGUAGUGCAAAUUUUCGCCUCUGUCAUAUCCAGUUUCACUGUUUGCGCAGUGUUCAAGAUCGACUUGUCCAGGAUCCCUCAGGCAGCCUACCCUAUCGUCGUCUGGUCGAUGAGCUUGGAGAAUAUGUUCAGACUCAUCAACGCUGUUAUUGUAACCCCCUCGGAGGACAGCACUGGUAACAGGAUCGGUCAGGCUUUUGGUGAGACGGCACAUGUUGCAGUUGCUAGCGUCCUGCAAUAUCUGCUCAUUAUACUAGGCUUGUCUCGAGUUGUCUUCCCUGGAGUGUCGGCUUUUUGCGCUUUUGCGGCAAUCGCAAUUCUUUUCGACUUCUUUUAUCUAUCGACGUUCUUCUUAUCAGUCUUGAGCGUCGAAGUCCGCCGCACUGAGCUCAGCGACGCACUCGAGAAGUCAUCUCAGAAACACACCAGAGCCAUUUCCGAGGAACGCCCCCAGAAGUCUUGGAUGGAGCCGCUUUUGCAGGGGAAAGUUGCGCUGUCUACACGCAUCGCCGGGAUCAUCGUCAUGCUCGCCUUUGUUCUCGUCGCACAAUGGCACUUCUUCCAGAGCGAAACGGUCUUACGAACCUUGGGGAGGAUGUUCAGGAGGACCAAAGCUACUGACCCAUCAAAGUCGUCCUUACUGGUUGAUGUCCAUCAAGCAAGGAGCCCCACCUCAUGGCUACGUCUCCAGGACCACGAUACAGCAAGGGAGGUCAUACACGUGGUGAAGCCCAAAGCCCACAGUUAUGUCGCACGUGUUUAUGACCCCCUUGUUUUUGUUAUGAAGGGAUCCGACAGAAACCCUCCGAGGGGCGAACGACUUCUACUUCCAGCAGUAUACGACUUUGCACACCACCAAACAGUACCACUCAUACUCGCCAUAGUUGUGCUUUUGGCUCUUGUUCGACUUCUGCUGAAUUAUCUACUCUGGGAUGAGAUCGCCGGAGCGAGAGGAGAUCGUGAAGUGGACGACGAUCCGCUAAUCUCGGUUAAGACGGUUAACUGCGGACACACUUUGGAUGUGGCUAUGAUGGCAGCCACCCCGGAUGGACGCGUGGUUUCGGCCGGCCUCGAUCGAAUGAUCUGGGUCUGGGAUGUCAGAUUCUUGGGAACCAGCUACGUUGUGACGAGUCCAGAUGUUCCAGAAAGAGACCCAUUCCCAGUACUGGGCAUGGCUAUAGACGAUGACUCGCACUGGCUUGCACUGCUGUCUUUGUCAAAGAUUCGGUUAUGGGAUCUAGGCAGACGGACCUGGGGCCCAUCCGUUGAUGUUGAACUUAACGGCCACAAAGCCGAGGCAUUCUACUUCAGUAAUAGACGGAAAGGCGCCGAUCUUUCGAUCGUAUUGAUGAGACGAAACGGCACGAUGGUGGAGGUGUGGCCCGAAAGAGGCGAGUCGAAGGAGUAUGUUGUUUGCAAGAGUCCCCUGAGCUGCGCGGUGCCUCUUGCAGAUAAUCCUACUUCGAGUCAAGCUACAUCAUUCCUGACACUCUCUCGACGAUCGUGUAUACACAAAGGAACAGCGAUCGGCGAUCAGUGGGAGACAGAGGAGGUUAAGCUUCCGUCGGGCGAGAAGGACAUACACGCAGUCCUCCCUAUGCCGUCAUACUCCGCAUAUCUGGCUGUUCGGACAUCAUCUGUGGAACUCGUCGAUUUUGCCACAUCUUCAGUCAUACACACGUUUUUAACCGACCAAAUCCAGCCCAGGACGUUAAAUUUCUUUCAUUCAUACCCUCGAAAGACAGAGUCCGGCGCCAAAGGACUGAGCUCAUUCACAUUGGUCUACGUAAAGGCGGAAUCGGGCGAUUGUAUUCUUCAGACAUACCUUCCAGAUGCAGAGGAGGGUGGUACCAUUAGCAUUCGGAAUUCUCCGGCUGGUGCCUGUGGAGGAUACUCAUGGAAAGAAACCCGAGAGGUUAGGCGGACCGUGGAAAACCCGGGGUCCUGGGCUGCCUUGCCGAGCGGCUGUGUAGUGGGAAUCCGCCAAAAGCGUCCCAGAAAGUCGACACCGCCGCCCGAGCCGCCUGUACACACAAACGGAAAACUGCGGAGGCGAAGGGCCACACCACCGCUGCAGUACCUCUCGGGUAGCAGAGCUGAGGAUAACCACGAGGUCUGGACAGUCACGCAGCUCGAGAAGAAGGGUGACUAUAACACGAGGCCACUCAUGCUGGAGGAUGAGGAGGUUUUACUGGAUCAGCACCUCAUGAUAUCGGAGCUCGGCCCGAUGGUCAAGGUCGGCAUGGGUAGCGUCGCCGUUGCGUUUGGCAACAUUAUAAAAAUCAUCACCAUAGGUCACGAGCGCUUUGGAAGGGGAUUUUAUGACAGCGAUGGCCUGGUUGGUAGCCGCAGGCGAAAACCGGGCCCCAGUUCUGCUAGGCAUCACCGAGGUGCAAUUGCGCGGGGUUGACCUGGGUCUAUAGCAUCUUGUUAUCCUGGGGAUGCGUUUUUGGUUUGCUAUGUUUUUUCUUUUUUUUUUUGACAUUUUCUUUUUUUUCUUGCAUUUUUUUACCUUGUCUUUUGCGACUAUACUAUACCCCCUUUGUUUGUAGUACGCAUUUUUAUGGAUUGAACGUGAUUACCGGACGAUUUUCUUUUUGUGUUUAUAGCGGUACAUAUCUCUCACGGGAUUGCCACAAGGGGAUGGAUACCGGAUGAUAAAUGUAGGAAUAAUAUGAAGCAGAAAAGCGGGCGUGGGAAGUACGAUAGCAUAGCUGAACCUCGAUUCCUUCUGUUUACGAAAAUCGUGUUUGUCUUGCUCAAAUGAGGAAC